ACUCAUCCUAAUGCCAGCAAACUGCCCUUAAAGGAUUCUUUCACUUAUGAUGACUACAGAUGGGCGGUUUCUUCUGUCAUGACACGGCAGAACCAGAUUCCAACAGAAGACGGUUCCAGAGUUACAUUGGCUCUAAUACCUUUAUGGGACAUGUGUAAUCAUACUAAUGGACUGAUCACUACAGGCUACAAUUUAGAAGAUGACCGGUGUGAAUGUGUAGCGCUUCAAGAUUUCAAGGCUGGAGAACAGAUUUACAUUUUUUAUGGCACUCGGUCAAACGCUGAAUUUGUGAUCCACAGUGGUUUUUUCUUUGAUAAUAAUUCACAUGACAGAGUGAAAAUAAAGCUUGGCGUGAGUAAAAGUGACAGGCUGUAUGCUAUGAAGGCAGAGGUCUUAGCUCGUGCUGGUAUCCCAACUUCCAGUGUUUUUGCCCUGCACUCCACUGAGCCUCCAAUCUCUGCCCAGCUUCUCGCUUUCCUUCGAGUGUUUUGUAUGAGUGAAGAAGAGCUGAAGGAACACUUGAUAGGUGAGCAUGCCAUUGACAAAAUCUUCACUCUGGGGAACUCUGAGUUUCCAGUUAGCUGGGACAACGAAGUUAAGCUUUGGACAUUCCUCGAAGCCAGAGCUUCCCUUCUUUUGAAAACCUAUAAAACAACUGUGGAGGAUGAUAGGUCCUUCUUGGAGACCCAUGACCUUACUUCACAUGCGAUAAUGGCUAUCAAAUUGCGCUUAGGUGAAAAAGAGAUUUUGGAGAAAGCAGUGAAGAGCGCAGCUGCUAGCCAAGAGUAUUACAGCAAACAAAUGGCAGAUGGAGCUCCGCUUCCGAAAUAUGAAGAGAGCAAUAUUGCCUUGCUGGAGAACACUGUGGCAGACUCUAGACUCCCUAUUGUCUUGAGAAACCUAGAUGGUGUGGAAGAGCAAGGGGACUUAAAGAUUGAUGAAGCUAUUGAUGCUGAAGUCACAGAGAAUGGGUUUGUAAAUGGUGAAAACUCUCUAUUUAAUGGGACCAAAUCAGAAAGUGAAAAUCUAAAUAAAGAGAAAAGCAACAGAGAGACUGAAGAUGCCAAAGAAUCUUCUUCAGAAAGUACUGAUGAGGUUAAAGAAUAGUCCUAAAUUUUUACUUUAUUGUGAAAUUAAAAUAGCUGAAGUUUA